CAAUGAACCCAACGUUAUCAAAAUGCUCUGAUACAAUUUCCUAGAAAAUGGGUCGUUUUCUUAUUAAGUGAAAAAACCCACCACAACUUCUAUUACAUGUUUGUGGCUAGAUUGUCUACUUUUACACAACAAUGGCCCUGUGGGCUCGCACACAGCAACUUCCCCCAGAGGCGUUGAAACAAGUACAGCAAGCCUACAGCAACUACAAUAACUUCUUCCCCAUAGAAGUGCGGCAUUUUUUUGCGCCUUGGAUUGAGGACCAGAACUGGAAUGCUAUUGACGUGAACUUGCGUGAACAUGAAGUGUUUGCUAAGCAGCUUCUGGAGAAUUUGGUGCAGUUGAUUGAUCAGAAGGCCAAUGUGACGGAGGACUUUCUGGGUCGUCUGCAGUUCCAAGAUUUUGCACAGAAAUUUCAGGAACAUUAUGGAGACCAACCUCUGAGGUUUGUGUAUGUGGUGAAGAUGUUCCUGGGCAAAGAGGAGGAGCUGCUGAAACUAGCCCCGGAUUCUGUUGCGGCCUCUGAAAUGUUCGUUCGGACUGAGGCUCAAGAGAAGUUGAAGAGAGACAUUAAACAACAAACUGAAAGAAUUGACCGAAGCACCCAGGAGGCCGAUACUGAGCUGAGGGACAUGCAUCUUCUUCAGGAAAAAUUUGUCAUUGACUAUCAGACCCACGCACAAAUGGCUGCGCGCCUGGCCCGCGUUCAGUGUGAUGGUCGGCCACCAGAAGAAGUUCAGCGUCUGCAGCAGACCAAAGAACAGAUGGACAGAAUGCUGCUACAGUCUGCCCAGACCAUACUGCAACAGAGGCUGGCUCUGGCAGAGAAGCACAAGAAGACACUGACAGAGAUAGAGCAGCUGCAGAAGAAGGUGGUGGACGAGGAGCUCAUAUCCUGGAAACGCAAGCAGCAGCUCUGCCUCAACGGGGCACCCUUCGACACCAGUCUCAUUGAUACACUCCAGGGAUGGUGUGAAUCCCUUGCGGACCUGAUCUGGCGCAACCGCCAGCAGAUCCUCAGGGUUGACUCCUUGCGACAACAGUUGCCCAUUGAGGUUCCUGAGGGAUAUUCGGACAUUCAGCCUGAACUGAAUCAGGCCGUCACAAGUCUGCUUUCCUCUCUUGUUACAAGUACGUUCAUAGUAGAGCAGCAACCCCCUCAGGUGUUAAAGACGAGUGCGCGAUUCUCAGCCACCGUGCGACUGUUGGUUGGAGGCAAACUUAACCUCAACAUGUUUCCCCCACGUGUCAAGGCAACAAUUAUCAGUGAGCAGCAAGCUAAGAUACUGCUGCAGAAUGUGGAACCUCCUAGGGGCCAAAAGUGUGGAGAGAUCCUUAACAACGAAGGGCAGAUGGACUUCCACAACGCCACAGGGCAACUCAGUGUGGUCUUCAGAAAUAUGACCCUGAAAAACAUCAAGAGGGCUGACAAACGCGGAGGAGAGGUACAUGCAAUUGCGGAGGAGAAGUUUUGUAUUCACUUCACAUCUGAGUUCAACGUGGGUGGUAAUGAGCUGAAGUUUCAGGUCUGGACGUUGUCGCUCCCAGUGAUUGUCACUGUCCAUGGCAACCAGGAGUGCCAGGCAACGGCAACCUUCAUCUGGGACAACCAGUUCUCAGAACCGGGACGUAUCCCAUUUCAAGUGCCUGACAGUGCCCCAUGGAUAGAAGUGGCCAAAAUGUUGUCUACAAAGUUCCACCAGAUGACAGGACGGGCUCUCACCGAGGACAAUCUACGAUACAUCGGAACCAAGUUGUUUGGUCAGACGGGAAACAUGCCCCCUGAUCCAACGAAGAUUCAGAUAAGAUGGCAUCAGUUUAACAGGGAGAACCUUCCUGGUCGCAAUUUCACAUUCUGGGAGUGGUUCUGGGCGGUGGCCAAGCUUGUCAAGGAGCAACUCAAGAGUCCAUGGAUGGAUGGGUUAAUCAUAGGCUUUAUGGACCGACAGGAGUCCAAUGAUAUGCUGCUAACAAAGCCGAAUGGCACAUUUUUGUUGCGGUUUUCUGACACCACUCUUGGCGGGAUAACAAUAGCCUGGGUUGCCAACAGCAACGAGAAUGUGGACAGACAGGUGUGGAACCUAGCCCCCUUCACCAUCAAGGACUUUGCUAUAAGGGGCCUCGCUGACCGUAUCAAGGACUUACCGGCUCUCGUCAACCUCUACCCAGACACCCCAAAGAAUGACGCCUUUGCAAAAUACUUCACCCCUGCCACAGGUCUGGAUCCAAACCAAGAACAGAGUGGCUAUGUGAAGUCUACCUUGGUACUUACAGUACUUGAUGGACAGAGCCUAGGUGCUCACGGAGGCGGGACUUCGUACUACGAUGUGCACACGCCCCUAGAUGGUGCAAAUCCACUUUCGCCAGGGUCUGACUGCUGGUCAAGUGCCAUGACCCCUCGACCUGAGAACGCAACGGCUUGCGGAGACACAAUGAUGGACGACGGAAGCAGGGACUUACCCGUGACUGUUGGCGACUUAGCCGACACAGAUUUCAACAACAUCAAGGACUGGCUGUUGUCUAUUGGCUCAAAGGCUCAACCUGACGUUAUGUAAAUUUAAAAUUGUGUGGUUGCCAGAAUGUUUUGAACAUUGUAUGGGAGACUACUGUAUCUUGUAUAGAAAUGUAAAGUAGAUACAGCAGUGGUGUGCGUGCAUGACCUGUAGCAGUAACAGCCAUGGAGACAUUUGGUUGUCCCUUGGUUUUGCACCAAUCAGCAAUAUGUUGCCUGGUUUGAAAAACAAUUUAACAAAUGAUGAAUUGUUGAAAACAAUACCUUCGUUGUUUGCUCUAUAUUAUAGGAUUAUUGCAGGUUCAAGAGAGAAAUUAUCUUGUACAGUUUAAAGUAUAAUUAAGUGUGAAAUCUUGAGUAAAUGUAUUUCAUAUUGAGAAACCCUCAACAUAUUUUAUUAUAAAAAUAUCAUAAUUUGAGGUCAGAGAUGUGUUUAUUAUCUGUGUUGUUGGUAUUGUAAGGUACUCAACAAUGUGUAGUUUUCUGUAUAUUUGGUAAUUUUGUUAUGUAGUGCUUUGUUUAUCUUCAGCAUUCCACUUUGUUCUUUCAUGUAUGCAUCUAGACUUCACAGCAUGUUUGAUUUGUUCAAAUAUAAUGCAAAUGACUUUGUACCCCAGAAUAGAUUGAAGUGAAAGGAUCAGCUGUCAGAGUUUUGUGAUCGGAUACUUUCAAAUCUUUGUUUGACUAUUAGGAGCUAUGGGAUCAGUCUUUUGCAUUGUUUUGUUUACGCAAUACACUACUCAAAAUUUGCUAAGGAUCGCUUUUUAUUUUCACAUUAUGUUCAAUUUUGUAUAACGUUCAUUUUAAAUUGUUGUUUUGCAAGUAUUGAUAUUAGAAUGUGUGUUUUUUAUUAUUAUUUUUUUCUGUAUUGAUUUAUCAUUGAUGCGUGACGCUGGCUGAAUCUAGCUAGGGGUGAACUUCAAUUUACACAUACUUUAAAAAGUGAUCCUUAGCAUAUUUUGAAUAGUAUAGUUUAAAUGGAUGUUCACAGUUGUAUGGAACAAAUUUUUAAGUUUUUGUUAAGUUAAGAUUUGUUGAUUGUUUCAAACUUCUCAUAUUAUUUUCUGCUUUUUUCUAACUUAUCAUGUUAUUGUCUGCUUCCCCGCAUGCAGUGUUGUAUAUAGUGUUUGUAAAUGUUCUGCUAUUUACCAGUGUAGUUAAGAUACCAUCUGUAUUGGUAUUUCAACCAUGAUAGUCAAAGUAUGCUCAAUAUACGUACAUGAACAACCUUCUGUAGUUUGUAGAAUUGUAUGGCACCAACAAGGAAUAAUGGUUUCAGAUCCCUUGUGCUUGUGUUCUCAAAGCUCCUUGCGGACAUCUUAGCUAAGUAGUUUUUCAAUAUCUUAUUACAUUUUUGGAGAGAAGUCCUAUAGCCCUACUUUCUUCUUACAAAAGGGUAAAAAUAAUCAUUUAACCAAUAUUUGUUAUGUUCAUAACAUGUUAAUCAAAACAUGCCUAAGCAUGUGAUUUCAAGAGACUUAAUGAGCUUUGAUGAGUUUACGGACCUUUGUGAAUACAGUCCCUGAUGAACACAAAAUAUGUUGGCAUGUUCACAGAAAUGAAACAUUAAAUGGUCAAUAAGAAGAUUCAGUGAAUAUUUUUUCAACAAGUUCAGUGAAUAUGUGAAGCAUUGUGGUUGCUUACUUUUUACUUCAAAAUAGACAUAUUCAACAUUUAAUUAUUAAUUAACAUAGAAUUAUGUUAAAUAAUAUACUAAAUUUCCAACAAGAUCAAACUCCAACAUUUACAAACUCUAGUGCUGAUUUUUUUUUUUUUAGGUAGAUUGACAAACCAGAAAACAAACUUAUUUCUGUUAUUCCCAUUGAACAAAGUAAGCCCAUCUUUAAAAAAAUGAGAUUUGUGAGAUCUUCAUAUUUUCCGCCAAAGAAAUUGUGUGAGCCUUUUUAUACUCAAUUGUAUAUAGGUCAUUAUUAGAAUAGCUAGGUACUUCGCAUAUUUUCAUAGUUGAUGACAACCGUGCCAUAGUUUUUUUAAUUACUGUUUACGGUGUAAAAAACACUAAAUAUGAUGUAACACAUUAAACAUCUCCCCGUUUAGUGUCUGAGUUAUAAAAUCUCAUCAUAGCAUUGUGAAAACAAAUGUUUGUUUUUAUGGAAUUUUGCUCACAAUGUUUGGUAUUUGUUAAGCUUAUUGACAAUCAAAAAGAUUUUGAUCUGUUGUUAACUGUAGAAAAAAUGUUUAAGGAGAUGUGAUUUAAGCCUAUUAUUUUAUUACUUGUCAAUAUGUAAUUUAUAAAAACUUGUUUGAUAGCAUUAUAAAAAUAGUCAUUAGCUAAUAAAAGACAGAAAAUAAAAUUAUAUAGAAGGGCAGUAAUUUAACACUUUUAUUUUAUUACUUGUCAGUGCGUCAUAUAUAAAACUUGUUACUGUGAGUUUGAUAGUAUAAUUGUUUUAUUCACUUGCUCAUACGACAGAAAAUUAUAUUAUAUAGAAGGAAAGUAAUUAAACGCUAUAAAUUUAUUCCUUGUCAAUGUGUCAUAUAUAAAACUUGUUACUGUGUUUGAUAGUAUAAUUGUUUUAUUCACUUGCUCAUAAAAGACAGAGAACUAUAUUUUGUAAAGGGAAUUUAUAUGACCUGUGAUAACUCAGGAGGUACAUAUUUCAAUAAAUAUUUUGAUUAAUUGUGAUAUAUAGAGCUUUGUUUUCUAUAACACCAUCUGCUAAGGUAUUAAAAUGAUAAAAUAUUAAAUGUCAAGAUUUUGCUGUAGAAAAUUUGGCUUUGGAAAAAAGUAAGUUACAAAUCAACGGUGAAGGUUUUCAAAUCUGAAUAGAAAGUGUAGUCUUUUAUUUUUGCACUGUCACAAACAGUGGAUAACUGUACAUUCUCUGUACUUCAUUUCUUUUAUCUAUACUCUGAAGACUUUCUCUUAAAGAGAAAACUACAGUUUGUAUCUUUUAAUUAUUGUUUAGCAUUUACAAUAUGUAAACGUGAGGAAAGAUUGAGGAUGUCUGUCAAAAACUUAAUUUUAUUAAAUAUAUUGUAGUUAUUGUUUAAGUACAAGUAUAAUAUAUUUGUUGGGAUUUGAACUUUGAUUGCUUGCUGUUUGUGUUUUGUGUGCCUUAUUUUAAUGAUGUUAUUGCUUUGUAUUUUAUGAGAUUUUAACAUUCAGAAUUCUAAUAACUAUAAUCAAUUUUCAAGAAGUUGCUUGUAUAUAAAUUCUUAGUGAUACAUUCUAAGAAAUUAAUGGCAUAUUAUCUGGUAACUAGUCCCUAUUACUUCUUUAAUGCAAUUUAAUGAGUGCUUUGAGUUAUGUUUUCUAACCUUGUAUAUACAAUUUUAGAUUGUUAUGGUUACUUUAUGUCACAUAUAUGAAUAUUGAUUAAUUUUAUUAUAUUGUUACAGUGUUGGUGUCAAAUUUAUAGUAUACUGUCUUAGAUUUGUUCAAGUACCUCUAUUGUGUUAAAAUGUUUUCAAAAUUUUACAAAAAGGUUACAUGUUAAGUAAGUUUCAAUAUUGUGUUAUAGUUUUGAUGUUGUAAGUUCUAAAAAGUUUAGCUUUAACUUGAACUUUAUUUGGUUGAUUUUUUUUAAGGUUUAAGCUGUCAGAGUUGUUUUAUCAUAUAAAUAUUUUUAAGAUAGAAAACAUUUGUUUCAUAAUAUUACCCUGUUCCUCCAAACAUUCAUGUGUGAUUCUGGUGUGAUAUUGAUUUUGGCAUUUUCACUCGCCAGCACCCAUUUGACUUACUUAGAUCUGUUCUGUUCACAGUCGUCGCCUAACUCAAUAAUUAUGAUAUUGGUAGAUCAGUUGUUAGAGUGCAGGGAUGUCAAAGAACAUUUUGUGAGUUUAAACCCCAGUCCAGUCACAUGACUUGUAUGGGAACCCCAGUCCAGUCACAUGACUUGUAUGGGAACCCCAGUCCAGUCACAUGACUUGUAUGGGAACUCCAGUCCAGUCACACGACUUGUAUGGGAACCCCAGUCCAGUCACAUGACUUGUAUGGGAACCCCAGUCCAGUCACAUGACUUGUAUGGGAACUCCAGUCCAGUCACAUGACUUGUAUGGGAACCCCAGUCCAGUCACAUGACUUGUAUGGGAACCCCAGUCCAGUCACAUGAUUUGUAUUUGGAAUCCAGUCCAGUCACAUGACUUGUAUUGGAACCCCAGUCCAGUCACAUGACUUGUAUUGGAACCCCAGUCCAGUCACAUGACUUGUAUUGGAACCCCAGUACAGUCACAUGACUUGUAUGGGAAUCCCAGUCCAGUCACAUGACUUGUUUGGACCCCAGUUCAGUCAUAUAGGAUUUUUUAGCUCAUCUAUUUUUUGAAAGAAAAAAAAAUGAGCUAUUGUCAUCACCUUGGCGUCGGCGUUGGUGUCCGGUUAAGUUUUGCGUUUAGGUCCACUUUUCUCAGAAAGUAUCAAUGCUAUUGCAUUCAAACUUGGUUCACUUACUUAUGAUACUAUCAUGAGGGGACUGGGCAGGCAAAGUUAGAUAACUCUGGUGUGCAUUUUGACAGAAUUAUUUGCCCUUUUUAUACUUAGAAAAUUUAAAAUUUGGUUAAGUUUUGUGUUUUGGUCCACUUUACCCCUAAAGUAUCAUAGAUAUUGCUUUCAUUCUUGGAACACUCGCAAACUAUCAUAAGGGUACAGUAAAAGGACAAGUUGCAUAACUCUGGUUGUCAUUUUUACGGAAUUAUGGCCUUUUUUGACUUAGUAACUUUGAAUAUAUGGUUAAAUUUUGUGUUUCGAUCCACUUUACUUCUAAAGUAUCAAGACUAUUGCUUUCAGACUUCAAAUACUUUCAUGCUAUCAUGAGGUUACUGUACCUGGCAAGUUGAAUUUGACCUUGACCUUUGAAUGACCUUGACUCUCAAGGUCAAAUUAUAAAAUUUUGCUAAAAUUGCCAUAACUUCUUUAUUUAUGAUUAGAUUUGAUUGAUACUUUGACAAAACUACUCUUACCCGACAUACCACAAUAGACUCCACCCAAACCAUCCCCCGCCCUAAAUUUUUUUUUUUUAAGAUCAUCUCACAAAUGACCACCACACCCUCACACUAUACCCCCCACCCCCCCCCCCCAAUUUUUUUUUGAAACGGUAAAAAAACACAAAUAUUUAUUUUUAUUAUCUUAUUUUUGAAAUACCGUCCAACCAUUGCACCCAAGAAUCCCCUCCCCCCCGACCCCCCGAAUUUUUUUUUUUGCAUUUUUUUUCCGCAUUUUUGGAAGAUAAUGUAAUAAAUGUCCACACCCCCACACUAUGCACCCCUCUUCACUCCACCCCUCCCUCCUUUGUGAUUGAAAUUGAGAGUCCCUUCAUCUUUAAAAAGAAAAUAGAUGAGCGGUCUGCACCCGCAAGGCGGUGCUCUUGUUAUAACAUGCUUUCUACCGCCUUUAAUCCUCCUACCUCUGUACUACUAAGUAUGUGCACAGAGCUUAGAUCAGCUAAGCUAGCACAGGAAAGAAGUUUCAGCAUCUUCACUGAUUUCCAUCAAGUGCCUGUUAUUGUGUUGAAGUCAGUGCAGACUAUACACCCAUGUUAUUCAAUUUCACGUUCACUUAAUUUAAACAAUGUUUCAUAUCAGUUUGGCAGCACCAAUAACAUGUUUAGCAUUUGUAUUUGUAUAAACAGUUUUUUGUUACUGGAAAUAUAUUGAUGAAAUUGUAUAACCUGAUUAAUUCAAGGCAUUUGUUAAUGUAGAUUGAAUUAGGUUAACCAGUAUGUUUAAAGUCAGAUAAUGUAAAUGAGAUUAAAUCUUAACAUUGUAUUGCCAUCACAAGUUGGUUGGUGCAUGACAGAUGGUUGAUGUAUUGCUUUUGGAUAGCAUGCUGUCUUGAGUGAAUGGUUGAGAACACCACAAUUCUGUAGAUAAACAACAAUUUUCAUGACAAUUCAUUUCCUUUCUUAUAAUCCAGAUUUACUGUUAACAUUAACCAUGAAUGACUGAAGGCCCAGUUAAGUUGUAAUGCCUGGUUAUGAAAGAGUGAAGUAUAACUUUUUCCCUAUAGGACAAGGUUGCAAAUUACCUUUACCUUUUUUAUUUUAGGUUGUAAUGAGUAAAGUAUUAUUAUGUUUUAAGAAAUGUUUUUGAUCCUAUUCUUUGAAAUUGACAGAAAAUUAAGUAAGUUUAAGAUAAUACCCAGGGUUUUACCCUCACAUAACCUAUCAUAUUUAAGUUCCUGGUUUGAAUUUGACAGUUCUGCACAACAUACAUAUGCUAAGUUUGUCAAGAACCAGGACUGUGUCAUGCAAAAAUGGGUCGAAUGUGGCCAGCGUAGUUCCUGACCAGCCUGCACAGUCCCACAGUAAAGUUUGGAGCAACCAAGCCCGCUAUAAAGUCACUCAAGGUUAAGUGGUCUCAUUAGCGUUCAGGGUAGCUCCCGACAAGACCGCGUACAGGGUAGCUCCGGACAAGACCGCGAGGAUGCACAGGCUGGGCUGGAGCUAUGCUGGCCGCAUAUGGCAAAACAUCCAUUGUGGCAUGACACAGCUUAUUGAAUGAAUGAAAGAGCUUCUGACCUCUACAAUCAGCUUUAAAAGCCUAUUAAUUGGGACAUUUGCUGAGAUAACUUGUCUAAAUGGGAGUAUCUUAUACACAUGUAAGACUGUGUCAAGUGGGGCAAAAACUUAUCGGUCCAAGUCGAACAAAAUAAAUGUGAAUUAUAUUCCAGCAAAUAUUAAACGAAAUCUUAGCUUGAUAAAACUUGCUCAGAUCAUUUCAUAUGUACUGCAUUUGAGUGACCCAGUGUCUCAUGACCCUCUUGAGUUCUCAUAAUUGUUGGAAAUUGUGCUCUGUUCAUUACGCCAAGGUAAUGCAUGCUUUGAGAAGCAGUCAAUGACAUUAUCUCAUAGAACCAGUCAAUGACAUCCUCUCAUUUAAACUAGUCAAUGACAUUAUCUCAAAGAACCAGUAAUGACAUCAUCUCAUAGAGCCAGUCAAUGACAUCAUCUCAUAGAACCAGUCAAUGGCAUCAUCUCAUAGAACCAGUCAAUGACAUAAUUUCAUAGAACCAGUCAAGGACAUCAUCUCAUAGAACCAGUCAAUGACAUAAUUUCAUAGAACCAGUCCAUGACAUCAUCUCAUAGAACUAGUAAUGAAAUCAUCUCAUAGAACCAGUCAAUUACACCAUCACUGGAGGCUGCUACAACAAUCAUUUCAAGGAAAAUUACUUUUACUGAAAGAAAAUUGAGAAAUUGAUGCCUCCAUGAAGAGAUUGUUAAAUAUCACUAUAUAUGUAAGCAAUUGCCUUUGGAUUUGCUCAUUGCUGCUUAUCAUAUCAGUUGUUGUACCACACUAAAUUAGAAAUAUUUUUAUAGACUAAAAGAGAUAUUUUAUGAAAGCAUUAUUUUAGUACAGUUUAUUAUAUAAAUGCUUGCAGUGUAUUUUUGACAUUCUAAAUAUAGUGAAUGAAUAUGGUCAUGUGAUUCUUCAUGCAGAUGAGAGCUGGUUUCAGUUGAUUUUACGAUGUAAUUAUGUGUGUGACUUUUAUGGUGCCAUUCUUUGGAAGAAGCAGUGGUAUACAUGUACAUGUAUUGUUUUGCACAUUGGUCAUGCCUGUCAGCAUUUUGAGAAUGCUGUAACUGUUAACCUAACCAUACAUGGCCAUGGUAAAGAUUAAUUACAAGUGUUAUAUAUCAUGUCUUUAAAAGGCCCUUUCUUUCAUUAUUAUAUUCAGUGUUAUAUAUCAUGUCUUUAAAAGGCCCUUUCUUUCAUUAUUAUAUUCAGACAUUGUAAUAAUAAUUGGAAUAAUAUGUAUACACAUGUAAUAGUAUGCAUGAAUGUGUCGCUUUCUACUUAUGUUUGUUUACUUCAUACUUAUUCAAGCAUAAUUAUGCUGUUUAAUGUCUGUUUAAUAUCUAUGACGCAUUUUUGGUGGCGGUGUUGGCAUUUGAUGCCACAUAGCUGGCUGAAGGUAAAAAUGCUGUAUCUAAUUAAGAGUAAUCAGCUGCAACAUUUCUACACUCAAUGCUCACCAUGUACAUUUUAACGCACCAUCCAUAGGACAGGGUCUAUAAUAAUUCAGCAUCUUAGAUAAAACUUAGGUUAAUUUGAGAAUUUCAUAAAAAGUGUCAAUACUGGUUUUACAUACAGAUGUUUACAACAUUUAAAUUUUGCUUAGAUUAAUUUUAUUUUACCAAUUUGUGACAUACAUCUUAAUUUUAGUUUAGUUUAGUGUUAUUUGCUUUAAUUUAGGAGUUUAUGAAAAUAAGUUAUGGUUAUUUAAUGGUAAAAUACAAAAUACCUGCGCAGUAGUCGAAAGCAUUCCAUGUGAGUUGAGAUUAAAUAAAAUAUAUUGCAAAUUAAAAACAAACUAAUUAAAUAAUGAGUGUUGUAGUGAGGGGCCAUUGUGUAUAUAGUUUCCAGUGGUAAUGCUUAAAGUAAAGUAAAUAUAUGUGUCCAUAUAAAUGGCUUGUUAUAAAAUUAUUCUUUUCUAAAAUGUGACAUGUAAGAUAUUGUAUACCAGGGCCUUUUUCUUGAUUUUGGGAAAGAGCAUGGCCUUCCACUUUGGUGAAAAAAAACCCAGACACAACUGAAAAUGGGUAAGAAAUUUCCCAAACUAAGCUUGACAUUUUGGGAAAAUUGCAUCGUUUUAAAGAAAUUGUCUUAGGGGAAGGGGCCUUUCUCUUUGGGGGCAGGCACCAAUAUAAGGCCCUUGCUAAAGACAGAAAAAGCCCUGUAUACAGUAGUUAAAAAUAAAAUAUAAUCCAGAAAUAAUGUAUGCCAAAUAUUCUUGUGCCAUUUUGUUUGAACAUACAAACCGAAUGAGGGGGAAAAUGCUUAUUACUUCAAAUGCGCCCAGCAUAGCGUCAGAACAGCCAGCAUGGCGUCAGAACAGCCAGCAUAGCGUCAGAACAGCCAGCAUAGCGUCAGAACAGCCAGCAUAGCAUCAGAAAAGCUUGCGCAUCUGGUCAGUUUUGUCAGUAGUCAGUGCUACUGUGUUCCUCAUAAACGUUAACCCUUUCAGCGCUGGAACCGAAUUUUAAAGGCCUUUGCAAACAGUUUGGAUCCAGAUGAGACGCCACAGAACGUGGCGUUUUUCAGGAUCCAAAUUGUUUGCUAUUCUGAUAGUAUUCUUUGAAAAAAAUCAAAGAAAAUGCUAAUUUUAGAUAUUCAGCAGACGACAUUUUAACAGACGACAAAUUUCCCAGCAUGCAAAGGGUUAAACAAACUGUAGUCAGGCUAAGCUGAUUUUUACCAAUGUGUGUACCAGAAUCAAGACUAUGUAAAUGUGUUCAUUAAUUGUGAAUUCGCAUUGAAAAUAGUACAACAAAAAAAUCGUCACUUUCAAUUCUCAUUCCGAUGUGGUUUGCAUUAUUAUACUUCAAAUCGUUAGUUGAUAGAAUUAUGUGUUAGUUAUGAUUAGAUUAAGGGGUAUUUUGGUUUACAGUUCUAGUUUCGUUUCUUGUCAUACAAUGCUUUAAGAUUUUCAUUAUUUUGAUUGUUAUUCUCAAAAUUAUAACCGUGUAUUUUAUUCUUUGUUCUAUGGUUUUGAAAUAAAUAUGUAUACAUCUGUAA